AUGCCGACCUUUCCUCGCCUGGGAAAGCAUAGCGAUCGAUCCCAUAAUAACCUGACCGAAGAUUCUUCCUCCUCACCACCUCCGGGACAGGGACUCUCUUCGACUCUGUCCCAAUUCAGACUGCCGUCGCGUAACUCGAGCGAGACGUCCUUCAACGACCAGCGAACGCAGCCGCCGACAUCUGCCGCUGCGACAUACCACCAGCAGCAACAUCCGGCCCCCUCCGCUGGCGACGGUGCCAGCAUUGGCGGUGGAGGCGGUGGUGGAGCUCGGAUUGCCUCCCAGCAGCAGUUGUACAACAACAACUCGUCGUCCGACGUUGGCGAUUCGCAGUCCUUCUUCGCCGGUCGUCGCCAUUCCGAGUUUGAUACCGUUGACCCAUCUGUCCAGCGGUCUCAGUCGCAGUCACAGACAAAGAGUCACCGCUACAGCGCCUACGCCGGAAUCCCCCAACAUUCCUCCCUUCAGAACCAACAGCAGCAACAAGCCCACGAUUCAUCCCCGAACCCCCAGGCUCAACCUGUCAUGGCCCCAUCGACUCAGGGCUUGACCCGAGGAGGCAAGGGUUCACUCCGUGACCAGCCUGGUGGUAGUGGUGCCGGUGCUCAGACUCCUCGUUUCGAACAGUCGUCGUCACUUGACCUUGGCCGCCAGAGCCCUCAGCCUGACCGGGAUUCAACCGAAGGAGAGAAGGCAUUCAAUGAAUUGUUGGCCAAGUACAAGAAUGUCAAGCGACUGUACUUUGAUCGUAAAGCCGUCAUCGAAGGUCUCAACGGACAGGUGGAACAACUUCAGAAUGCCGUGGCCAACCAGCGCAUCACGCACUCACGCACGGCAUUGGACGACAAUGAGUACUCUGCACGCUCCAACCGCCUCAACGGCGCCAUCAUGAACCUCGCCUUCAACAUCCGCAAGGACUGGAAGAGCCUGCCUCCCUGGCUCGCCAGCAAGGUCAGCGCCGACGCCCUCAAGACGGGCAAGCAGGAGAUGACGGCUGUCGGUCGUGCCACCAUCUCGCGCUGGCUCACCGAGGAGCUGUUUGACAAGUGCUUCCAUCCGGGAUUGGACGAGGAGCUGAGUUCGCAGCUCAAGAUGAUUGAGCUGAGCAUCCGCGGAAACGCCUACACGAUGCAUAGUCAGGAGGAGUUCGACGCCCUGACAACCAAGGUGGUCCACUGGAGGAUGGCGACGCUGGACGGGCUGCAGAGCAAGCUCUCGCCCGACCUGGUGGACGCGAAUAAGCAGGCCCUCAUGAAGAGGACUACGACCAACCUGACAAACUACCUGUACAAGUUCCUCAACGACCCGCCCCCGGCUGGCGUCGAUGGCAGCACGUCGAUGAUUGCCGAGCUGGCCGUCAGCAUUGCCGGCAACCUUCCCCUCGAGAGCCGUGACGUGGCCAUCAAUUACCCGCUGCCCGGCGACAUUGUGCGCCCGGAUAUCAUGGAGGUGGAGAAGACGGAGCUGCCGCCCAUCGACGAUGGCGAUUCGGACGAAGACUCUGACGAAGACUCGGAUGGGAAAGCUGCUGCACCCAAGGAACUUAAGGUACGAUUCGCAGCCUUUAUGGCGUGGGAGGUGAGGGGUCGACAGGUGUUGGUCAAGGCGCCGGUGUGGACCAUGUGA